GAGCACCACCAGAUCUACAGAAAUGACACAGAGCCCAACGAUGAUGUAUCUCGUUUAUUUUCGCUAUAAAUAAACUCACACAGCCCACUCUUCUUCCUCGCUCUCUCUUUCGCCUUCUCUUAGCCUACCCUUUUUCCUUCCUCCUCUCCGAUUCUUCCUCCGUCAGUAAAAGAAAAUCAAAAUGGCUUCACACAUUGUUGGAUACCCACGUAUGGGCCCUAAGAGAGAGCUCAAGUUUGCAUUGGAAUCUUUCUGGGAUGGUAAGAGCACUGCUGAGGAUCUUCAGAAGGUGUCUGCUGAUCUCAGGUCAUCCAUCUGGAAACAGAUGUCUGCCGCUGGGACUAAGUUCAUCCCUAGCAACACCUUUGCUCACUACGACCAGGUUCUUGACACCACCGCCAUGCUCGGUGCUGUUCCACCUAGGUAUGGAUACACUGGUGGUGAGAUCGGCCUUGAUGUUUACUUCUCCAUGGCUAGAGGAAAUGCCUCUGUGCCUGCCAUGGAAAUGACCAAGUGGUUCGACACCAACUACCAUUACAUCGUCCCUGAGUUGGGCCCUGAGGUUAACUUCUCUUACGCAUCCCACAAGGCGGUGAAUGAGUACAAGGAGGCCAAGGCUCUUGGUGUUGACACCGUCCCUGUACUUGUUGGCCCAGUCUCUUACUUGCUGCUUUCCAAGGCUGCCAAGGGUGUUGACAAGUCAUUCGAACUUCUUUCUCUUCUCCCUAAGAUUCUCCCGAUCUACAAGGAAGUGAUUACCGAGCUUAAGGCUGCUGGUGCCACCUGGAUUCAGCUUGACGAGCCUGUCCUUGUUAUGGAUCUUGAGGGUCAGAAACUCCAGGCCUUUACUGGUGCCUAUGCUGAACUUGAAUCAACUCUUUCUGGUUUGAAUGUUCUUGUCGAGACCUACUUCGCUGAUAUCCCUGCUGAGGCAUACAAGACCCUAACCUCAUUGAAGGGUGUGACUGCCUUUGGAUUUGAUUUGGUUCGUGGCACCAAGACCCUUGAUUUGGUCAAGGCAGGUUUCCCUGAGGGAAAGUACCUCUUUGCUGGUGUUGUUGAUGGAAGGAACAUCUGGGCCAACGACUUUGCUGCGUCCCUAAGCACCUUGCAGGCACUUGAAGGCAUUGUUGGUAAAGACAAGCUUGUGGUCUCAACCUCCUGCUCUCUUCUCCACACCGCUGUUGAUCUUAUCAAUGAGACUAAGCUUGAUGAUGAAAUCAAGUCAUGGUUGGCGUUUGCUGCCCAGAAGGUCGUUGAAGUGAACGCUUUGGCCAAGGCUUUGGCUGGUCAGAAGGACGAGGCUCUUUUCUCUGCCAAUGCUGCGGCUUUGGCUUCAAGGAGAUCUUCCCCAAGAGUCACCAACGAGGGUGUCCAGAAGGCUGCUGCUGCUUUGAAGGGAUCUGACCACCGUCGUGCAACCAAUGUUAGUGCUAGGCUAGAUGCUCAGCAGAAGAAGCUCAAUCUCCCAAUCCUACCAACCACAACCAUUGGAUCCUUCCCACAGACUGUAGAGCUCAGGAGAGUUCGUCGUGAGUACAAGGCCAAAAAGGUCUCAGAGGAGGACUACGUUAAAGCCAUCAAGGAAGAGAUCAAGAAAGUUGUUGACCUCCAAGAGGAACUUGACAUCGAUGUUCUUGUCCACGGAGAGCCAGAGAGAAACGACAUGGUUGAGUACUUUGGUGAGCAGUUGUCUGGUUUUGCCUUCACUGCAAACGGAUGGGUCCAAUCUUAUGGAUCUCGCUGUGUGAAGCCACCAGUUAUCUAUGGUGAUGUGAGCCGUCCCAAGGCAAUGACCGUCUUCUGGUCCGCAAUGGCUCAGAGCAUGACCUCUCGCCCAAUGAAGGGUAUGCUUACUGGUCCCGUCACCAUUCUCAACUGGUCCUUUGUCAGGAACGACCAGCCCAGGCACGAAACCUGUUACCAGAUCGCUUUGGCCAUCAAGGACGAAGUCGAGGAUCUUGAGAAAGGUGGAAUCGGUGUCAUUCAGAUUGAUGAGGCUGCACUUAGAGAAGGACUACCACUCAGGAAAUCCGAGCAUGCUUUCUACUUGGACUGGGCCGUCCACUCCUUCAGAAUCACCAACUGUGGAGUCCAAGACAGCACCCAGAUCCACACUCACAUGUGCUACUCCCACUUCAAUGACAUCAUACACUCCAUCAUCGACAUGGAUGCUGAUGUCAUCACCAUUGAGAACUCCAGGUCUGAUGAGAAGCUUCUUUCCGUGUUCCGUGAAGGAGUGAAGUACGGUGCUGGAAUCGGUCCAGGAGUCUACGACAUCCACUCUCCAAGAAUACCAUCUUCUGAGGAAAUCGCAGACAGGGUCAACAAGAUGCUUGCUGUCCUAGAGCAGAACAUCCUUUGGGUUAACCCUGACUGUGGUCUCAAGACCCGUAAGUACACCGAGGUCAAGCCUGCACUCAAGAACAUGGUUGAUGCGGCUAAGCUCAUCCGCUCCCAGCUCGCCAGUGCCAAGUGAAGAAAAGCUUGAUUUGAACAAGGAAACGUUUUUUUUUCUCUAAAAUGGUUGUGUUUUAUUUGGUUUAAUAACUUUCUUAAAAAUAUUUUUAGUCGAAGGUAGAUUUGAUGCAUAUGGUUUCUUUCUUGUUGAGAGAGAGAAAGGCUAUAGCAUCCUUUGGAUUUGAUGCAAUGUUUGUGAUUUUCUUUUUGUCUCCAAUAUAUUUCUCUGAUGGAAUGUCUUUUUUCUAAAGUAUCUUGAAAAGGAAUAAGAGGAUUGAUUCUUAUACAAAUACUUUUGUUUGCGUUGUCCUAAACUCACUACUUUUUUUUAUCCGACGCAAUCAGUGCUUUGUAGCCUGUUCUUGAAGUAGGCCCCUUUGUAUGUCUCUAUCUGGCUCCUGUAUCAGAUUGUUGUUUCCCUUAGAUUUCUUUAUUUCGUUGGCAAAAAGAAAAUCUGAAUUGCCCCACAAAGAGCGUGGUGGCUGAUGUUAGGUUGCAGUCUCAUGGUCCACCACUUUAGACUCGAAGAUUUAUUUCGCUUGGAGAACAUCUUCGUUGAUGUUUAUGUAUCAUUUGAACUGUAGACUGUAGCCAAGUAGAAGGUUUUAACUCUGUAAAAUCUGAGAUGUUGUAUGUUCUCAAGUUUUAUCUCAGUAAUUCAAGUCUCUUUGAGUUCAAAUAAGAAAAAG